GGAUAUGGCGGGAAUUAAAAUAAACAAAGAUGGCGGCGACACCAAAAUGCAUGAAAUGGAGUGAUGAAAAAACAAGAAGUCUAAUAACUCUUUGGUGCGACGAAAAUAUACAAAUUGCAUUGGGUAAUUCAAAAGGAUCCAAAGAUAAAAGCAAGGUUUACAAGUCCUUACUGGAGCAAUUACAAGAAAGAGGCUAUGAAGAUAUUACACUAAAAGAAGUAAUUAAUAAAAUUAAGAAAUUGAAGCAAAAAUAUAAAAGUGAAAAAGACAAUGCUAAGAAGAGUGGGAAUGGGAGAAAAAAGCCAUGGAAAUACUUUCAACAGUUGGAUAGAUUUUUAUCCCAAAGACCUAAUGUGACUCCAGUGGUUUUACUUGACAUCAUGGCUGAGGCUGAUAGUCAAAAAAAUAGUCAGUCGGACAUGUUGAGAGAUGAUGUUGAUGAUGAAAAUGAUGACAUCAUUAAUGAUAUUGUCAGUAAGUAUGGUAGAGGUGAUAAAUCCAUCAAAAAAUGCCAGACAUGUGAUUAUGAAAAAGUUAUAUAUAGUGAUGGAGUACACACAACAGAGAGUGGAUGUAUGAUGGUAUACUGUGAAGAAGAACCAUUUUCUUGCCCAAAUUGUGACAGUUCAAAUGAAACAGUUAAUGUGGAAGUAAAUCAACAGACUGUAGCUGAGAAUCGAGCUAUUGAAUAUGAUAAAGGGAAUGACAAACCAAAGCCAGACUUAGGAGAAAAGAGUCUUGGAAACACUUACAAACUAGGAAAGAAACAAAAGAAAAAAAGGAGUUCUAUUGAAAAGAGCAUGGAUGCUGUCCUGGAACAAUUCAGGGCAAUGUCAAAUGAUGAUUUUGAAAGGUAUAAAAAGCUUGAAGAAUUUAAAUUGGAAAAAGAGCAGCAAUUUCAAUUAGAGCAAAUGCGACUCGAGAAUGAACGAAGAAACCAGGAAAGAGAGCAUGAGCUAAAGAUCUUCCAAUUGUUAUUUGGGAACCAGGCUACCCAGAACAUCCAAUCUACUGGCAGCUCAUCACAAAUGUUUGCCCAAACAUAUGUAAGUUUUCAACAACAGACAUUUGGAAAUGGCUGCACCAGUAUCCAAACUCCAGGCUGUAGCUUCGUAGACAGCAAUGAUGAUGAAGAAAAAACAUAUUUCAGGUUAUGAUUUAAAGUAUUUGAAAAGUAUUUAUUUUUAAGUACUUAUGGUCACUUGAGUCUUUUAGUUCUGUUUUGAAGUUAUAUUUGUGGAACUGUUUAAUACUAUCUGAACAUUAAACACAAUAUUUGUACACUCAUGAAUCUUAUUUUGUAUGUUGCAAUAAUUAACUUAGUUAAAUGUUUUGAA